UUCGACCCAUAAGGCCAUAACACAAAGGAAAACCAGGCCCCAGGCGCUGCCAAGCUUACCUGCAACCAGGCGCUGCAGGUGCUGCAGGUUUGCUCACCUGCAAAGUGUAGGGCGCCAGGCCGAGCGCAGUGCGAAGACACCUAAAGAAUGAAGCCAGGUUCCAGAGGAGAGUCUUGGCCUAUGAGCUUCUUCAAGGAUGCUACAAAGGCUUCCCCUGCAAAGCAGCUCACAAUAGGUGGCAUAUCGGGGUGGUGUGUGGGGUUCAUCUUCACCAAGGCAGGCAAGGUUGCUGCCACUGCCAUUGGAGGCAGCCUGCUGCUUUUUCAGGUUGCACAGCACCAGGGCUACGUGAAGGUGAACUGGUCCAGGCUUAACAAGGACCUGCAGCAGGCACAAAAUGAGCUGGCACGGCGCACAGAUGGCAAGCUGCCCAGGCUGCUUGAAGAGGGCCAGAAGUUUGUCAAGGACAAUGUCUUUCUGGCUACGGGGUUUGCUGGCGGCUUCCUGCUGGGUGUUGCAUCCUCCUGAAAGCAAGAAUCCUCAGCUGCUUAACUUUGUAGAUUGUUUCAGUUUGUCUGCAAUAAAAAUAAUGUAGUGUUGUUUUGUGGCCAGGA